AUGGCUUCCCGUCAGGCCAGGGGUGUGCUCAACUUCGUAGCCUCCAGCCUGGUGCGCAGCUCAGCUGCGCCCCGGGCGCUCAUCGCUCUUCCCUACAGCGCGGCGGUGCGUGCGGCUUGCGAGGUGGCGGGUGGACCCCCCAACGGCUUCACGCUGACCGAGUCCCAGGGCGACUGCUUGGUGACGCUCACCAAGGAGCACCAGGGCGAGACCGUCACCAUCGAGCUCAUCGCGGGCUCAGAGACCGAGGACGAGGAGUUUGAGAUUCCAGAUCACGAUCACGAGGCAGAAGAGGAGGUGGAGGAGGGGCCCGCCCCCGCCACUCCCUUCUCCGUGUCCAUCGUCAAGGGCGACACCGAGAUGAGGUUUGAGGUGCGCGUCCGUGGCGACGGGUCCAUGGAGGUGGACGAGGUGACGCUGUCCCCCGCCGACGAGGACGAGGAGGCCUUCAACGAGGUCCCCUACCAGGGCCCCCGCUUUGAGGAGCUGGAUGAGGGCCUGCAGGCCGAGCUGCUUCACUACCUGGACGAGCGUGGGGUGAACGCUGACCUGGCGGUCUACAUCACCGCCCUCAACUUUGACAAGGAGCAGCGGGAGUACACCCAGUGGCUGGAGCGCAUGCAGGCCUUUGUGGCCCAGAAGGCGUGGAGGGGGGGAGGGAUGGGCCAGGCGCAGGGUCGAGGGUCCAGGAGCUCUGCGCGGGCGCGCGCGGCCAGCAUCGCCCCUGCUCCAUGA